GUCGUCCAAACGGCCUUGGUACUCCAGAAAGUCACCUGGUGCCUCAUCACAUGGCGGAAAGACCACGACCAGCUCUUCAAAGCAGACCCCGGAGAAAGGCGGACAGCAACAGGCCACGCUAGCGCGCUCUCCAAAUUCUUCAACGUGAAGCCUCCGUCAACACCGGUGGCGGCAACAGCAGCAGCAAAAACAUCAGCUGUUCAAGUAUAUGUAGUGUAUGAUGAUGAUGGUGGUAGUCAUGACAACAGCAGCAAUGGCAGUCAUCCUGUUGCAGCAUCUGCAGAGCUUGCACCCGCCACGCUGACUCGCCUGCAGCGUUUCCAGCAGUGCAUGCCAUUGCAAAGCGGCGCAUCGUCCACCACAUCGGCAUCCUCCUCCAGCUCCAGUUCCAGCCGUGCUUGCCAGCAGGCCGCAUGUGCUAAAGGCUCAAGCCUACGGCUGUCUGGUUCGCUGGAGGCUGGCGCGAGUGACGGCAGAGCUGAUGAUGUAGUGGAGAGCCCUACCCGUGCUGCUGCUGCUGCUGCUGCUGCUGCUCCUGCUGGGACUGUUACCGGUACCUGUACUGGUGGUGAUGAUGGUGGUGAUGAUGAUGAUGACCUGGUGUUGGUGAGCUCAACCACGCCGCGAAGUCGAUCGCAGCCAGUGGCCUCUCCUCCGGCCAAGCGUGUGCGGCGGCCAGCUUCAUCUGCAUCGUCGUCGUCAACGUCGGAUAUCAAAGCUUCCAUUGUCGCAUUUUCGUCCCCCGCCAGUCACGUUUCCACGCCGGUGUCUUCAAGGACGCUAUUGUCUCCGUCCUCGGUAUCAUCACGGCUGACCUCUUCGCCAUCGUCCAGCAGCUGUGCUAAGGGUUCGCCGUACACACCGCUUGAGAAGCAGUACAUGGCAAUACGCGACGCGAACCCCGGCGUACUGCUCAUGGUCGAGUGCGGGUACAAGUUCCGCUUCUUUGGCGAGGAUGCCGAGGUUGCAGCUCGUGUUCUCAACAUCUUCUGCCACCCGAUGCACAACUUCAUGAACGCCAGCAUACCCGUGCAGCGGCUGCCUGUUCACGUGCGUAGGCUGGUAAUGGCAGGUUACAAGGUGGGUGUGGUGCGGCAGGUGGAGAGCGCGGCACACAAGGCACUCAGUGACAAGAAGGGCGCGCCGUUUGAGAGGAGUCUAAGCGAGCUGUACACGCGAGCAACACUUAUCGGUGAAGAGUUUGACUCGCCACUACCCAAUCAAACGUAUAACAAGAACACGACAAAGGCAGUGUCACCGCGAUCAGCAGGAGCAGCAGCAUCGUCGUCGUCGCUAGACCGCUAUGCUGCUUCGCAGAACGGCAGUGCCGACGGUGAACACGAUGUUAUCGGUUCUGGUGAUGAUGUCAUCACUGCUGCUGGCGGCGACGGUGGUCACAUGGCUGGCGAUGGCUUCGGCGUCGGAGCUGCUGAUGGCCAGGCAUCGGCUGCUGAGGCAUGGUCGAGUACGACCGAUAGCUUCAUGUUGUUCAUCGUCGAUGCUGCCAGAGAGGAUCUAAAUGCGGAGGUGUCUACAACAUCCCGUGACCACCAGCAGCAGCAGCAGCAGCGGCGGCAAGAGGCUUCUGCAGAGCACGUGGCAGUUGUAGCCGUACAACCAGCGACAGGUGAUCUUGUCUACUCAGUGUUUGCAGACGAUACGUCGCGCACUCAGCUGCUCACACACCUUGCUCACAUCGUCCCCUGCGAGCUCAUCAUUCCUGCAGACUUCGGUGCAAGGAGUAGAGCUGCCAUCGCAUCUUAUUGCAGCAUCAGGAAGUCUCAGGGCGAUCUUGUUCGUCUGGAGGAGGUGCCGACGGGGUGGAACGAUUACGGCACCUCGCAUGGCUGCCUUGCAGACUUCUAUCAGCUGUCGGUCAUCUCGUCGUCGGUAGAUCAGCUUAGCGAUGGAGAGAGUAGUAGCGAUGAGGACAACGAUGACGGAGUUGUUACUGGUGAGGCCACCACCAGUGGAGUGGGGCUGCACCAGCAUUCGCAGCAUCGGCACGGCCAUCCCUCAGCUCGUCAGCAUGGUGGAGAACAUUGGGAGUUUGUGAAGGAAUUACCAAAGCCGGUCAUUGUCUGCUUGGGAAUAUGUCUGCGACACCUGAAGCAGUUUAGACUGGCUGCUUGCCUCAAAGAUACACGGAACUUUGUUCAGUUCAGUAAUACGAGGCAGCAUAUGACGUUGACAGAGCAGUCUCUACGCAGCUUGGAGAUCUUUGCCAAUGGGGUGGACGGCAGUGAACGUGGUAGUCUGUUUUCGACCAUGGUCAACACAAGCACUGCGUUUGGACGCCGUCUGUUCCGUCAGUGGCUUGCAAAGCCCUUGCUGAGGAGAAGUGCAAUUGUGGCUCGUCACGAGGCCGUGGAAGAGCUCUGUGCCAAUUUCAAGUCCCUGUGUGUCAGGCAGUCCAAAGCGUUGCUCAGCCAUUUACCCGACGUUGAGAAAGGCCUGGGUUCUAUCGUGCAUAAGAAGUGUAGCACGGGUGAUUUCUUCAGCACGCUGCAGGCACUGCUGUUGGCACGACGAGAAGUUCAAGCUGCCCAAUGCGAAGCGUUGACUCUGCUGCAGUGCAGUCUGCUCUCUGAGGCUUUCAACGAGGUACCGGCUCUGCUGAGCGGGGUGCAGCGCUUCUUGGACUGCAUGGAUCCUGGUGCAGCGAGGUCGGGCGACAAGACGGCGCUCUUCACUGAUUUGUCCAAGUUCCCGGAUUUGGCGGCGACGAAGAAGGCUCUAAAAGAUAUUGACGACGAGCUGCUGGCGCAUCGUCGCGAGGUUCGCCUAAAGCUUGGCAUACCCGCUCUGGAGUACAAGACAGUGUCGGGCGAUGACUAUCUAGUGGAGGUUCCUGGCAAGCUCCAACACAAAGUGCCGCAAACUUGGGACAAGAUCAACUCGACGAAGCAAGCGGGGCGCUAUCGCAGCCCGUUCAUCGUGGAGCGGCUCAAGACGCGUGCGCUGCUGCGUGAAACGCUGUCGCAGCAGUCACACACUGCCUGGCAGCUGUUCCUCAGUGAGUUCAGCUCACGGCAGGUAGGCCAGUGUCGACAGGCCGUGCGUCACUUGGCCGUACUCGACUGCCUUCUGUCGUUGGCUAAGCUAGCGUCUCAGCCCGGCUACUGUAGACCGUACUUACUAGAGGACAGUGAAGCAUGUGAGUUGAGUUUUGUCAACGGCUGGCAUCCGGUGGUGUCUGCCUUGUUGAACACGGUGGACUCGGACUCGCAAUUUGUCGCCAACUCUGCGUCCAUGACGGCAUCCGAGAACCGAGUUUCCAUCAUCACGGGUCCUAACAUGGGUGGCAAGAGCUGCUUUGUCCGACAGGUUGCGCUGAUGGUGAUCAUGUGUCAGAUGGGUUCGUUUGUUCCGGCCGAAAGUGCUCGUAUGUCCGUACUGGACGGUGUGUUUGUACGCAUGGGUGCCUGCGAUGAUAUCGGACAUGGGCACAGUACCUUCAUGGUUGAACUACAGGAAACAUCUGAUGUCCUUCGCCAAGCCACACCUAGGUCACUAGUGAUAUUGGAUGAGCUAGGCAGAGGGACAAGUACUCACGAUGGUGUGGCCAUAGCAUACUCCACUCUGCACUUUCUCAUCACCAAGGUGGAGUGCUUGGUGUUGUUUGUAACACACUACCCCGCUGUGGCGCAGCUGUGUGCCCAGCAUCCCGCUGCAGUCAAGGCGUUUCACAUGUCCUUUCUUAGUGGGACGGACACCGCCGGUAACAAUGCUGGAGAUGGUGAUGCCGUGACUGCUCAUCCACCACCUGCUCAUCCACCACCACCUGCUCCUGCUGUUGUGGGUACUGUGACUGCUGCUGCGUCUGCUGCGUCUGUGAGUGGUCUUGAGGAGACUGGCAGCGAUGGCAUGGACAAAAACGAGAGCAUGGAUUGCAGCAUCACUGACGGCGAUCAUACAGUAACAUUUCUCUACCAGUUAGUGGAGGGGCUGGCGGAAAAGAGCUAUGGCCUCAAUGUUGCACGCCUGGCAGGCCUGCCGCAUGACAUUCUUCGCCGUGCUGCCAUCAAAUCUGAGCACCUAGAGCAGUUGGUGACUUGCCAGCGGAGAAGUGUGCCAGAGAUGUUUCGUGCAAUAUGGACUGGGCAGGAUAAGAACACGUAGCUUGGUACGCGCUCGUUUGCGCACGUGCCCAUGCUUGAUAUGUGCUCGUUUGUGCACGUGCCCAGGCUUGAUAUGUGCUCGUUUGUGCACGUGCCCAUGUUUGCUUGAUACAUGCACGUUUUUUGUGCGUGUGUGCAUGCAUGUAUGUGUAUGUGUGCAUCAGCACACCAUCAUUUGCCUAGGUUAGCAACUAGCCACAGCGAUGGCUGAGAUAUUCCUCAUUGAUAAAUUGCCACCCGAAUUCCAUCACCAUACCCCUAGAGUUGUAUUAUUACCACUCCGUUCCAUCAUGAUAAUAAUUAUCUUGACGAGAUAUUAGUGAGGUUCUGCCACACGGUAAAACGUGCCAAAGUACGUAUGGAAGUCUCGCCGCGGUACGGGAUCAAGUUUCAUAUGGAUUUUUUCAUACCGUAUUCCGUGUGAAGCGCGCUUCACACGGACUGGACUCCGUGUGAAAACUGAGCGUCCAGAGUACAUGUGGCGGGGUGUUCGUGCAUGCUAUGAGCAUGCUACGUACAGCAGAACCGGUGCAACGUACGAAAAAUCCGUGUCAAACUUCAUUGCAGUUGACACGGAGUUUGGUACGUAGUUCCGCGUAGCAGAACCUCUCUAUAUUUACACCAUUUACUUCAUGU